CUCUCCUCCGGGCUCCGUCGCUCACACACAGCGGAUUCUCAUCCCAGGCAGACAAGAUGUUACAGUGGAAAAAGAGAGUCUGCAAAAGCAUAUGCAUCUCCUUCUGCGUGGUAAUCAUGUUGACCAUCUUCCAGAGGGGGACAUCCCCAGGAUUUCUUUUCACUGAAAGCAGUGUGGAUUCUGAGGAUCUUCUUAGUGCUGAAAAAAGGGACACCUAUCCUGUCCCAAAUGGGUUUUGGGCAGCCAAAGCAGAGGCACCGGUGACCACAGCUUCUGUUAGGGAUACAUACCCUACUGAAUGGGAUGCUAAGUCUAUCAACUGCACUGCUAAUUGGAACCUUACCCAUCUGGGCUGGUUCAAGACGCUAGAACCUAACUAUAAGCAGUUUCUUCUGUACCGCCACUGUCGUUAUUUCCCCAUGAUUAUUAAUAACCCACAGAAAUGCAGUGGACAUAUUGAUCUUUUGAUUGUGGUUAAGUCAAUAAUAACUCAGCAUGACCGCAGGGAUGCAAUUCGUAAAACCUGGGGAAAGGAGAAAGAAGUUAAAGGCAAGAAAAUAAGAACCAUAUUUCUUUUAGGAACUGCUAUGAAAGAAGAGGAGAGAGCAAAUUACCAAAAACUGCUAGACUUUGAGAACCAGAUCUAUGGAGAUAUUCUACAGUGGGAUUUUCUAGAUUCCUUUUUUAACUUAACGCUAAAGGAAGUGCACUUUCUAAAGUGGACGACAACCUACUGUCAAGAUGUAAGCUAUAUCUUCAAAGGGGAUGAUGAUGUAUUUGUUAGCCCCAAUAAUAUUUUGGACUUUUUGGAGGGAAACAACACACCAGACCUCUUUGUAGGAGAUGUCCUCUAUAAAGCACGACCCAUCCGGAGGAAAGAAAAUAAAUACUACAUCCCAGAGUCCAUGUAUAGUAAAAACCUCUAUCCUCCAUAUGCAGGUGGCGGUGGAUUCAUCAUGGCAGGUUCUUUAGUUAAGAGAUUGCUCAAGGCUUCAGAAACCUUGGAUCUGUAUCCCAUCGAUGAUGUCUAUUUGGGCAUGUGUCUAGAAGUUAUUAAGGUCAAACCUAUUUUGCAUGAAGGGUUUAAAACGUUUGGCAUUGUAAGGAAUAAAAACAGCAAGAUGAACAAGGAGCCAUGCUUUUAUCGCAGUAUGCUUGUUGUGCACAAACUUCUGCCUGCCGAACUUCUACAAAUGUGGGAACUUGUGCAUAGUAACUUAACCUGUUCUCGGAAGCUCAACAUCCUUUAGUGGCUAGAAGGUGUCAGGAGAGAAGCCCUGAAAAAAAUAACUUAUUUUUGUAAUAACUGUUUUCCUGGCAGGUUUCUGGAGAAAACAUGAUAUAAAAGAUUUAUUUUCUUAGUUUGUGUAUAUAUGGGCAAUAGACUUUUGUGACCUUUUUCUUUAAAGAACUUAAAAAAA